AUGUCCAGCAGCACAGCCCCCUCCGCGCACGACGCGAGCAUGGAAGGCUCCGAGACUCUCAUCGAGUUCGAAGAACCCCUCCAACAUGAGGACUUUCCAUACCCUGGGACCUACAUACUCUGGUGUCCUCAUGGAAGCGAGCUAUCCUUCCUGGACUCCUUCGCUGAUCCAAAGAAGCGGUUGUCUGUCCCAUGUACCUACAAGAGUGCUUACAACGGUUCGGAGCUCGCUUUGAUCCCCACACGACACUGCUUGGUACCGGAAACCGAGUUCAGGUGCCCAGCAAAGAUCAUGCAUCUGGACGAUUCAGGGAGAGGUCUCUAUUGGGCAGGCUGGGCAGACUCCGGCAUGUUCUUCAACGACCCGUUUCCCGAAGCUCCCGAGAUCCUGAGUGCGUACAAGGGGGCCUCCAAGGUACAGAAAACUCUACUGAGUCUCGCAUCCACACAUGCAGGCGUCACGGGCCGAUUCAGCAUUCGUUUGAUGCCCGGGAUCGGUGACCCUACAUCUUACGACGCUCAUCUGACGAGAGCGACGGACAUUGAGACACAUGGAGCUGGCGGACUUACACACGGCACCUACCCCGCCGAUUACAUGGUCUCGGGGGAGGAGAUCCCUCUUGAAGGGGUCCCGGUCAACGGCAAUGUCAGUAUCAAGGAUGACAGGUGGCCAACACAGCUUCGCGCGACCAACGAGUUCAAGGAGGAUCUCAACAUACCGACGGUACUGUCGGACGAUGGCGUAUCAGCACUCUCCAUCCCUCUCCAGAUCAACAGCAGAUGCCACACUUGCAAUGGUGCUUGGCGGACAGGAUCUGCGGCUGUGGCGGACUCGCAGGCGACAUCGGAAGGAAAUUACCGCAGGAAGAUGACUCAUCCAGCCGGGCGGUGCUUUGAGACACGCGUGGGCUUCCUCGUUCCCCCUCAUGUCCGAGCUUUGGUUCAGAGAUACUCCUCUGCCACUCUCCACGAAUAG